CAGAAUUCUGGUGGUGGGAAUUGUAUGAAGUUGUACCCAUCUUAUUCUAUAGUUUAGUCAAUAUUUCCUUUUUAUAAAUAAUUUUUUUAAAAAAAGAGAAUAUGUGUAUGGAGUUGAGACAAUCUCCUAAACAAGCUCUUUGCUUGUCCUGAAUUUGAACGUGAACAGUCAAAUGUGAAGCUCCUUAUACUAUGCUGCUGGGAAUUUUUUAUUUUAUUUUAUUUUUUUCCACCCCCUCCCAUGAUAGCUUUCCCAUUCUCUAGCCCUCUGGGAGCAUGGACCCAGGGUCGUUGAGGGUUGCAGAAGAUAAAACAUUACUGCAGUUGAGCAGGGCCUCAAAUUUUCCCAUCUAUAGUCAGCAAUUUCUUUUUUUUUUUUUUUUUUUUUACCAGAACACUGCUUAGCUCUGGCUUAUGGCGGUGUGGAGGAUUGAACCUGGGACUUGAGAGCCUCAGGCAUGAAAGUCUCUUUGCAUAACCAUUAUGCUAUACCCCCACCCUUAUAGUCAGCAAUUUCUAUGUAUAUACUUGGUAUUUCUAAAUAUGUUAACCUGUCCUCAAAUUUUUAUCAUUCCUAGAAGACACCAGAACAGUAUGAAUCAAGAGAAUCAGAGCAGUAUAUCUGAGUUCCUACUCCUGGGGCUCCCCAUUCGACCUGAGCAGCAGGCCAUGUUCUUUGCCCUAUUCUUGAUCAUGUACCUGAUCACGGUGCUGGGGAACCUGCUAAUUAUCCUGCUCAUCCGACUGGACUCUCGCCUCCACACCCCCAUGUACUUCUUCCUCAGUCACUUGGCCCUCACUGACCUCUCCUUCUCAUCUGUCACUGUCCCUAAGAUGUUGAUGAACAUGCAUACUCAGCGCCUCUCCAUCUCUUACCCAGGAUGUAUAUCACAGGUGUACUUUUAUAUGACGUUUGGUUGUGUGGACAACCUCCUUCUCUCAGUGAUGGCAUAUGACAGGUAUGUGGCCAUCUGUCACCCUCUACACUACGCCACCAUCAUGAGGGAGGAGCUUUGUAUGCUGCUGGUGGCUGGCUCCUGGGUGCUUUCCUGUGGUAGCGCCCUCUUGCACACCCUUCUCUUGGCCCAGCUGUCCUUCUGUGUCAACCAAAACAACAAUGUUACAGAAUUCAUACUCCUGGGAUUCUCCUCCCGACCUGAGGACCAGAAACCACUCUUCAUCCUCUUCCUUACCAUGUACCUCGUCACCAUAACAGGAAACCUGCUCAUCAUCCUGGCCAUCCGCUCUGAUCCUCACCUCCAAACCCCCAUGUACUUCUUUCUGAGUUUCCUGUCCUUCACUGACAUUUGCUUCAGCACAACCAUUGUCCCCAAGAUGCUGGUCAAUUUCCUGUCAGACAAGAAGACCAUCUCCUAUGCUGGGUGUCUCACACAGAUGUAUUUCACCUAUGCUUUGGCCAACAUUGAUAGCUGCCUCUUGACAGCCAUGGCCUUUGAUCGCUAUGUGGCCAUCUGUGACCCCUUCCACUAUGUGACUAUCAUGAGCCACCGCCGCUGUAUCCUGCUGGUGACUUUCUCUGGUUUUCUUCCUCAGCUCCAUUCACUCCUACAUAUACUUCUGCUAACUCCUCUCAACUUCUGUGACUCUAAUGUUAUUGACCAUUUCUUUUGUGACAUCAACCCUGUGUUGAAAUUGUCCUGUUCUCCCACAUACAUCAAUGAAAUGGUUCUCAUGAUAGAAUGCUCUGUUGCUCUGGUGACCCCGUUUCUAUGCAUUGUAUUCUCUUAUAUACGAAUCCUCAUUGUGGUUCUCAAGACCCCCUCAGUUGCUGGAUUACGCAAAACCUUCUCCACCUGUGGUUCCCACUUGACUGUGGUAACUCUCUUUUAUGGCAGCAUCUUCUACAUUUAUUUACAGCCUUUGUCCAGCUAUUCUGUUAAAGCCCGUGUGGCCACCGUUGUCUACACAGUUCUGACCUCCAUGCUGAACCCUUUUAUCUACAGUCUGAGAAAUAAAGACAUGAAGAGGAGUCUAGGGAAACUGAUGAUCAGGAGCAAAUUCUAG